AUGAUCAUGGGUAGUCUUUUCUGCCAUGAGGGUGUUCAACUCUCCCUCCAACGCCCGGACGAAUGCUCCAACCGCUUCUACCGCAUUCCUCCCUGGCUAGCCUACGUGCAUGUGCUCGACUUUCCAAACGAGCACUGGCAAGAGGACAAGAUCAAGAAAGCUUUUGCCGGCUUCUGCGACGUCGCUGAGAUUGACCCAGACUGUCUCACUGACAGCAAUUUCGGCCCUCUGCGCCUCCUACUGGAAGUCAAUGAGCGGCUGGAGAUACCUUACGAGGUCCACGUCUCUGCUUGCUUUGGCUGUGGUCGCUUUGGUGGGGUCGCACGAGUCAUGCCCAUCCGAGUGUGGGAUCGCUCGGACCAGCUCGACGAUGACGGCAACCUGACCCCGUUCUUCAGGCACGGUCCCGCUCCGCCUCCACCAGGACCCCAGCAGGGCCCCCCUGCUCCUUUUGGGCGGGAACAGCAGCGCCAGCCUCCCCAACACCCGACAAACCGGCGUUUCCCUCCACCGGCACCUGAUGCUGUUAUGCCUGCCCGGGACCCGGCUCAUGUUCUGGGCCUAGCACUUGCGCUGGCUCGGUGUCUCCUAAAUGGCGCCAAUCAGCAUUUCGUCCUCGAGCCGUCGCGGUCGACUGUCAGCUCCCCUGGGCUGCCAGUCCCUGACGAAGGCGGGCAAGAGCUCCAGGAGGCUGCACCGGCCUCGCCUCCUCCUCACGCCUCCUCUGUUUUCAGCUUUGACUUCGUCACCAUCGCCGGCGAUUCUUGA